UAAACAGUAAAAUGACUUAAAAUUUCGAGUCUUGCCUACUUUGCCAAAAAAAAAAUCGAGUCUUGCCCUUUAUCUUUUGUUCACUGUUCACUCUACCCCCUUUCAUUUUGGCGCCAGAAAAAGUAAAGGGCAAGACCCCAAGGCUCGAGUAAACCAUGGUGGACACGGAGGAGGACGAUUCGAUGACCGAGUUGUUGCGAGACCGAUUUAGGCUUUCUACCAUCUCUAUUGCUGAAGCCCAAGCGAAGCAAAACGACAUGGAAGUAUCUGAAACCGUAGUAGCUUGCAUUGGCGAUUUAGCAUUCAAAUACACAGAACAGUUAGCAAAAGACCUUGAGCUAUUUGCGCAGCAUGCCAGCCGUAAAUCUGUGAACACGGAAGAUGUCAUACUUGCCGCUCAUAGAAAUGAACAUCUAGCUGCUUCAUUGAGGUCUCUCGGUCAUGAGUUGAAAGCCAAAGAACCUCAAUCUGAAAGGAAGCGAAAGAAAGGACCGAGGAAGGAAGACAAAUUGAGAGCAAGUACAAGUGCUGUGCAUAUUGAAGACUAGUUACUAUAAUAAAAAAAAAAACAAGGCUCGAAUUUCAUCAUCAAAUUCUAUUUGUAUAUGUGUCAACUACAAAUUUGCUUGGCGCUGUCAAAAUUAGGAACUAUUCUCUUACUUUCGAGCCUCAUUAUAAUGAGUAUAUACUGCUCAAAAUUCUUCUACAGCACUGGAAAUCCUACUCAAAUUUCUGCAAUUACUCAAGAACAGUGACCAAUGCAGCAUUAGUGGUCCGACCAAAAUGUAAGCUAUGUAACAUGAUCAAGCUGCACGUUUAAAAGUGUUUCAAGACCGAUUUGAUACCAACUUUACUGUGUUGUCUGACCGAAAUGUCUCACAUUGUAAUAAGAAUUACUCUACUCAUCACUUGUAGCUUUGUUGUCUGACCGAUUUGACAAUUACACAUAAGUUGAUUAGCAAUUACACAAAUAGAAAAAUCUUUCACGACA